CUUCCGGAGCAGCACAAGCUCAGGGCGCGUCGACAUGGCGGCUGCGCUGAAUACCCUGCUGGGCCGGCGCGGACUCGCGGCCCUGUCUCGCUGCGGGUUCGCGACCCGGGUGGUGACGGGCCCGGGCCCCGUCGGCCGCGAGCCGGACCCCGAUUCCGACUGGGAGCCUGAGGAACGGGAGCUGCAGGAGCUGGAGAGCACCCUGAAACGACAGAAAAAGGCCAUCCGGUUCCAGAGACUUCGGAGGCAGAUGGAGGCACCUGGUGCCCCGCCCAGGACCCUGACAUGGGAAGCCAUGGAUCAGAUCCGGUAUUUACAUGAAGAAUUUACAGAGUGCUGGUCAGUUCCCAGGUUGGCUGAAGGCUUCGGUGUCAGCCCCGAUGUGAUCCGAAGGGUUUUAAAAAGCAAGUUUGUACCCUCGUUGGAGCAGAAGCUGAAGCAGGAUCAGAAAGUCCUUCAGAAAGCCAGGCUGGUGCAGUCGGUACUGCAGCUCCAGGGCCCUGCGGACGCAGUAAAGUCACUCUUGGCCAGCCCUAGCCUGGUGCCAGGAGAUGAAACCUCAGCCACAGGUCAGGGUCCGGGCACAGUUUUGAGGGUGGUAGAGGCAAACCUGCCUGAUACAGGUGCCCCGAGGAGACAGAAGAGGCGGAGUCAAAGCGACCGGGACCAGCAGGAGAGCUUGGUGCCUGGUGCUGCAGCCUUGGGUCGGCAGAGAGAGCUCCCAAAGUCCUCCAUGCGUGAUAGUCAGCUGUCCAGCAGCAAGGUGCCAGAAGAGCUGGAAGGAGGGGAGGUUCACAGUGAGAACUUUAGCAGCAAAGUGGUGCAGAGAGGGCAGGAGUUCUAUGACAGCAAUGGAAACUUCCUGUACAGAGUUUGAGCAGGGGCCAGCCCAUGGAAACAGCUAUGGAACACGGUGGACAAGGCUGUCUGGAAA